AUGUCCAAAGCAAAUCUCGCCAUAUACAUCGAAAACCCCCAACUAUACACCACCGGCGACACCGUCAAGGGCAACGUGCAAUUGACAGUGGAAGACCAACUCAACCUUGAAUCCUUGGAAGUGUCACUUUUGGGCAUCGCCAAAUCCAGAAACCAUACCUACAACAAUGGCUCGUAUACUGCUGGGCUGGAGGUCCAUAGGCUUUUGCAAUUGACGGCGAAGGUGUUUCCUCCGCCAGAUAUCCAGAAUGUGUCGUCUUCCAAGAAGUUCACAUUGACCAAUGGAGAGUACAGUUAUCCGUUUGAGUUUACGUUUCCAGGGAUCGAACAUGUGGCGCAGUGUGUUCAGGAUAAGAAGACUUUCCAUUCGAAGUACUACUUGAACAGGGACAAACGAGAUGCGGUGACGCUUGUGGGCAGUUUCUAUCAGCAGGAGAACUCAGAGGACUACUGUUUUGUGCAAUAUAGUAUCGAUGCCAAGAUCAACAUGGCGCUGAUGUUUCGAUUUGACAUCAAGCACUCGGAGCCGGUCUACUUUGCGCCUCGCAACACUGACAUUGUGUUUAGUCUUCUACAUAUUUGUGAUAAGUCAAAGAAGCUUCUUGGAGAUGAAGACUACGCGUGCCAGAAGGUGAAGUACGGCAUUGGCGACGAGGCCAAAGAGGGUAAGAGCUUUUUCAGGAAGUUGUUAUCUUCGAACGCUGUGAAGGUGCCAUUUGAGCUUAAGGUGAGGUUUAAGAGUGUCUCGCCGGCCGAGACAGAGAAAGGAACCACCAGCAGAGUGCUAGAAGGCGGCAAACGACUCUCUACUCUCAUUGAUCUUGACCUAACUACCCCAUUCUCUCACCAGAAUCUCUUGGAUGCUCUUGGCGGGAACAAGGCAGAGAAGAAGGGCGUUUUGAAGUCGCCAGUGGUGAGAAUCACACAUGUCAAGGUGAAACUCAUUCUGUUGCUAAGGUUUCUCGGUGCCACCGAAACCCAUCUGAAAAUCAAGCACGAGCUUCUAAACCAGAACCUUGACGUGGAGGUGCCGCUUAGUGAUUUCGAGAGGGAGGAGUACAACGGAACAGACUUGUUCUUCAAGACAUCCUCCAAGUACCACGACAAAAUAGCCAGGAAUAUCUGCUACCGGUUGAGUCUAGAUCCUUCGUGGUGGGACUGCUACGUCAAUGACAUCGGCCAGUCGUUCUUGACAUGCAGCAUACGAAAGAACGUCGAGCUAUACAUUCGCUUAACCAUCGUUUCUCCAGACAACCCAGACAAGCCCAUACAGAUCAAGAGCACGUCUCCGAUAGUUUUCUACAGACAAGAAGGCUCCGAGGGCAACGUACCAUACUUGAACGGAGGAGAGCACGAGCAAUUACCAGAGUACAUGCCAGCGCCGCCUCAGUACGACAGCGAUGAUAAUCAGGAAACAAAAGGAAGCAGGUUCUUCAAGAAUGCAAAAUAA